AUGGCAAUUGCUGACCGUGAUGAAAAGGGAUCUUUGUUCAUUGUCACAUUUAAUGCUGAUCAUCGUCUUGAUAGGAGUAGAGUUGUCUUCGGUAAAGUUGUGCAUGGGUAUAAAUUGUUGAAAAAGAUCGAAGAUGCUGGAGAUGAUAAGGGGAACCCUGCUGUGACGGUGAAAAUAGUCAAUUCUGGUGCAUUACAUGAUGAUAAAGAGAGAGAGAGUAACUUGAAAAUGGGGAAGUAUGCUGUAGAGGAAAAUAAUCACUCGGUAAAACGCAAGGGGAAGCACAAGAAAUCUUCAAGGAAAAAGAGAAAAAGAAGAAGAUACUAUACCUCCGAAUCAGAUACUUCAUCAGAUACUGAUACGGAUUCUUCGGAAUCAGAUACUGAUUCUGAUACUGAUGCUUCCUCAUUAAGUGACACCAGCUCUUCAAGUGAUGAUCGUCGUAAGAGACGUAAGAGAUCCAAGAGGGACAGGCAUAGGCGUGCAAGAAAGAAGGAUCGGCGACGUGAGAAAAGAAGGAGGCAGAGAAAGAAGAAUAGGAAAUCUAAAAGAGAUAAUGCCUCAGACAAGGAGGAAGAUAAUAAGUCGAGAGGUAGCUCUCAAGAUGAAGUUGCAGUUGGAGCAUCUGAUGUUAAGCAUAUAUACACUAACAAUCAAUCUCUGGUUGAACGAGAAAAUGAGAAAGUUAGCCAUAAGAAUGGGGAUGCUGCAGAUAUGUCAGACAGGGAGGAGGGUGAGUUCGCGAAAGAAAAUGGACACCGUCGAAAUAAUAAUAAAGGAGUAGUAACGGAUUUGGACAGACCUGCCAAUAGACAUCCGGAUAUUGUAGAUGAUCCUGCCAGCAAAUCUAGGAGUGGGAGCUUAAGUCCUAGAAGAACCAAAAGUCAGAGCAUGAGCAUUAGCCCAAGCCCAGCUUCCAGAAGAAGCCCAGAUGUUGCUCCCAAACAUAACAGGAGCAGUAGCCACAGUAUAAGCCGAAGCCCGCGGCCCGUCUCUCGAAGCAAGAGCAUUACUCCCGCUAGAAGUGAAAGCAGCAGAAGCCCGGUAAGGAGCGCUAGGGAAAGAAGUGCAAGCAUGAGCCCCCCUGCCAGGACCCGCUCUAUUCAUAGCCAUAGUAGAAGUGCCGCAUAUUCUCCUCCUGUAAGAAGAAUCUCUAGGAGCCCACCACCAUCCAAGAGGUCAUCUCUAAGCAGGAGCUCAGGUAAACCUUCUAGAAGGAGUGUAAGCAGGAGCCCCAUCAGGUCAGCCCGUAGAAGUGUCAGCAGGAGCCCAAUCAGGUCGGCCCGCAAAAGUGUCAGCAGGAGCCCAAUCAGGCAGACCCGUAAAAGUGUCAGCACGAGCCCAAUCAGGUCGGCCCGUAAAAGUCUCAGCCGGAGCCCAAUCAGGUCGGCCCGUAAAAGUCUCAGCCGGAGCCCCAUCAAGUCAGCCCGUAAAAGUCUCAGCAGGAGCUCUGGCCGGGCCCCGCCCAGGAGAAGUCCGAGUCCCAGCCCUGUCAGGGAGCCUAGAAGGGCUUACCGCCACAGCCCGUCACGGAGUCCCGUGAGUGGAGGCCGCAGAGCAAGGUCGCCUGUUUCGGACCGUGAUUUGAGCUUUGAUCUCUGA